CUGCUAGAGAGAAACGGAGCAGAGAGAGAGAGGAGUACGGGGGGAACAGUGAGAAAACAGAAACAACACCUAAAAAUACCAUUCGCAGUCGUCAUAGACAGGGUGUUCGCAUUUGAAUACUGAUGGAAUUUUAAAUUUAGUUUUUUGCAUGUUAAACACUCGGUCUUAACCGGAGGGAAGGGUUCGAAUUUUUCUUUUUUAGAAAAUAAACUCCCCAAAUGAACUCCGUCAGAGCCACCAACAGAAGACCCAGGCGAGUGUCGAGGCCGCGCCCGGUGCAGCCGGAAAGGAACAACCAGGAAAGAGAUGAGGACGUCCCUGCAGACAUGGUUGCAGAAGAGUCCGGCCCGGGAGCGCAGAACAGCCCCUACCAGCUCCGCAGGAAGUCCCUGCUGCCCAAGAGGACCGCCUGUCCCGCCAAGACCAGCAUGGAGGGCGCUUCCACCUCCACCACGGAAAACUUUGGCCACCGCGCGAAACGUCCCAGAGUAUCGGGAAAGUCACAAGACCUCCCAGCUGCCCCAGCCGAGCAGUACCUGCAGGAGAAGCUUCCGGACGAGGUGGUGCUGAAGAUCUUCUCCUACCUGCUGGAGCAGGACCUGUGUCGGGCCGCCUGCGUGUGCAAGCGCUUCAGCGAGCUCGCCAACGACCCCAUCCUCUGGAAGAGGCUGUACAUGGAGGUGUUCGAGUACACGCGUCCCAUGAUGCACCCUGAGCCCGGAAAGUUCUACCAGAUCAACCCUGAGGAGUACGAGCAGCCCAAUCCCUGGAAGGAGAGCUUUCAGCAGCUGUACAAAGGCGCGCACGUGAAGCCUGGCUUUGCGGAGCACUUCUACAGCAACCCGGCCCGGUACAAAGGGAGAGAGAACAUGCUGUACUAUGACACCAUCGAGGAUGCCUUGGGCGGGGUCCAAGAGGCUCACUUCGAUGGCCUGAUCUUCGUCCACUCCGGGAUCUACACGGACGAGUGGAUCUACAUCGAGUCCCCCAUCACAAUGAUCGGUGCAGCCCCUGGAAAAGUGGCCGACAAGGUGAUCAUCGAGAACACCAGAGAUUCCACAUUCGUGUUCAUGGAAGGGUCAGAGGAUGCCUAUGUGGGCUACAUGACCAUAAGGUUCAACCCUGACGACAAGUCGGCCCAGCACCACAAUGCCCACCACUGCCUGGAGAUCACCGUCAACUGCAGCCCCAUCAUCGACCACUGCAUCAUCCGCAGCACCUGCACAGUGGGCUCGGCUGUCUGCGUGAGUGGCCAGGGGGCGUGUCCCACUAUCAAACACUGCAACAUCAGUGACUGUGAGAACGUGGGGCUGUACAUCACUGACCAUGCGCAGGGUAUAUACGAAGACAACGAGAUCUCCAACAACGCGCUGGCGGGGAUCUGGGUGAAAAACCACGGCAACCCCAUCAUCAGACGGAACCACAUCCAUCACGGGAGGGACGUGGGCGUGUUCACCUUCGACCACGGCAUGGGCUACUUCGAGAGCUGCAACAUCCACAGGAACCGGAUAGCGGGCUUCGAGGUGAAGGCGUACGCCAACCCCACGGUGGUGCGCUGCGAGAUCCACCACGGCCAGACCGGCGGCAUCUACGUGCACGAGAAGGGGCGGGGCCAGUUCAUCGAGAACAAGAUCUAUGCAAACAACUUCGCCGGCGUGUGGAUCACCUCCAACAGCGACCCCACCAUCAGGAGCAAUGCCAUCUACAAUGGCAACCAAGGGGGAGUUUACAUAUUCGGGGACGGACGUGGCCUUAUAGAAGAAAACGAUAUCUACGGCAACGCCUUGGCGGGGAUCCAAAUCCGGACAAACAGCUGCCCCAUCGUCCGACACAACAAGAUCCACGACGGCCAGCACGGAGGCAUCUACGUGCACGAGAAGGGGCAGGGCGUGAUCGAGGAGAACGAGGUGUACAGCAACACCCUGGCGGGCGUGUGGGUGACGACGGGGAGCACGCCCGUGUUACGGAAAAACCGGAUACACAGCGGGAAGCAGGUGGGCGUGUACUUCUAUGACAACGGUCACGGCGUGCUGGAGGACAACGACAUCUAUAACCACAUGUACUCCGGGGUCCAGAUCAGGACUGGCAGCAACCCCAAAAUCAGGAGGAACAAGAUCUGGGGAGGACAGAAUGGCGGAAUCCUAGUUUACAACUCCGGUCUGGGCUUCAUUGAGGACAACGAGAUCUUUGAUAACGCCAUGGCGGGGGUGUGGAUAAAAACGGACAGCAACCCCACGCUGCGAAGGAAUAAAAUCCACGACGGAAGAGACGGCGGGAUCUGCAUCUUUAACGGGGGGAGAGGGCUGCUGGAGGAGAACGACAUCUUCAGAAACGCCCAGGCGGGCGUGCUCAUCAGCACCAACAGCCACCCCAUCCUGCGCAAGAACAGGAUAUUCGACGGCUUCGCCGCAGGCAUCGAGAUCACGAAUCACGCCACAGCGACACUAGAAGGCAAUCAGAUUUUCAACAACCGCUUCGGGGGGCUGUUCCUGGCGUCAGGAGUCAACGUCACCAUGAAAGAUAACAAAAUUAUGAACAAUCAGGACGCCAUCGAAAAGGCGGUGAACAGGGGCCAGUGCCUGUACAAGAUUUCAAGUUACACCAGCUACCCCAUGCACGAUUUUUACAGGUGUCACACGUGCAACACGACGGACCGCAACGCCAUCUGUGUCAACUGCAUCAAGAAGUGCCAUCAAGGGCACGACGUAGAGUUUAUUAGGCACGACAGGUUCUUCUGUGACUGUGGAGCCGGGACCCUGUCGAACCCCUGCACACUCGCCGGAGAGCCCACGCAUGACACGGACACUCUGUACGACUCCGCCCCCCCUAUAGAGUCCAACACCUUGCAGCACAACUGAGCCGCAGUCCGCCCUUCUCUCACCCCCCACCACCCCCCCCCCCCGGCCCCCCCGGCCCCCACGAGCCCAUUAACUGAACCCUGCGGAGAAAUGGAGCUCCUGCCGCUCCACAGAGGGACUCCGUGUGUUAACCAAGUGUGCAGGAGAAAAAGACAAACUAGACGUGUAAUGAAAACACAAACUUAACAAAAUUAAAAGAAUAAACUUGGACAACGCAAAGCUGCCCCAGCUUUGAACUGAGAAGUUUAUAUAUUUAAGAGGAAAAAAAAAAAACAAGAAAAAACAGGAUAUUCUGCUGUCUGUGGAUGUGGCGCUAUAUUUUUUUUUCCUUGUACCCUUUUUCCUUCUCGCGAUGUGUUCACAAAGAAGCCGGAAUGAACGGAAGGUCGCACGACUGGGAGGAGCAGAAGAAUGCGCGACUCGAACGCAGGGGAACGCAAACGGGCGGGGCGGGGCGCGUCCGAAAGGCAAGCAAAGGGACUGCCUUGCUCCCCCUCCCUCACGCCCCCCGACCUGCAGGGGGCGCUGUCACAGGGUACCUCAGACUGCAGUUUUGUAAAGACGAGUGGUGAGCCAUAGCCCAUCCCUCCCGUAAAGGUGUGCUUGACCACGCCGCUACUUUCCCUGGGAACCGUUGCGCUGGUAUGUGUAUGGUUUAAUAAAAAUGUGACCUAGCACUUCAGCUUUUUUUUUUUUUUUUUUAACGUUGAGAAAUUUGAUUUUAAUGCUUUCUCAUGUAGUUUUGUAUUUUCAAGCAAAAAUCUUACUGUACUUGAAUGUCUUAUUUUAUUAUAAUUUUUUUUUUUUGUUAGGACACCCUAGACUUGCUGUAAUCGUACUCAUGUCCCAGUAUCUAAGUUCUUUCUGUGAAAGAGAAUUAAACAAAAAAAAGUUUGGAAAAGAAAAACACUAAAAAAAAUUAUUCCUCCAGCAAUGUUUUCAAUUUUAAACGUGUUGAAAAAAGUAAAAAUGCAAAAAAAAAAAAAAAAUUGGGUUUAUAAAUGUAAAGUUUGAGUGUUUUCAUGAGACUGGUUGUGUGAAAGUUUGAGGCUGCGUUUUGACUUUUUGUAGUGCUAUUUAUAUGUGGGCUAAGGAAUGUGGUUCAUAAGCCCCUCCCCCUUCAUAAUCCAGACAGUGAAAAUUUGAUAAUGGCUUUAAAUUUUUUUUUUUUGCCUCUUGGGACAAAUUGAGAAGGGAACGAGAAGGCCAGAAUCGGUCUCGUGAAAGCACUGCGAUUGGUGGGCCGCACUGCUCCGAAUAUUCCGAGCCGUGUGGCCUCGUUUCAUUGGCUGUACCAUACAUUGCUGGAGCGCAUAUUAAGUAAGCUUCUUGCUAUAUUGAAGCUGAGACUAAUAUCUACACAGCUGUAUACAGUUUCUUAGCUUUUUCAUUCAUGUGUAUUGGUGACUGUGGGUUCUCAUACGGCCUGAAUUGUAUGCAUGUACCAUAACAUCUAGACUUAAUAUAUUGUGGAGUAUUCAAUAACCAUUAUGUAGAUGCUAGUAUGAAUUAAAAAGGGUUUAAUUUCCUAGAAAAGAAAGGAAAACUGGUCAUUUUUAAAAAUAAACUUUAUUAGAUCAUUUCA